UUCAUUUCAGUUUCGUCUAGACCGCUCCAUUGUGUUUCGGAUAGCUCAGUCUCAGAUGUCGAAAGGAUGAAGAAAUCUAUGAAGAUAUUGACUGUCAAUCAAUCAGAGAAGACAAGUCACUGAAUCUACUUCAUGAAUUGAUAAAUAAUUGAAGUAUCAGUGAGACAAUUGGAGAAGAUUUUGUGAACAAUCACUAAAAGAAGAACUGGAGUAAUGAAGUUUAGCACAGAAAUCUAUCUCAUAUCUCUGGUGUUAUCAAUCCGUUUGUUAUCAAUAACCAGAAGCUGCGAGUUUUCCUCUCUCAAUAGAUCAGAUCGCAUAAUUAAUGUCGAUGGAAACACAACUCGAGUGAUAAAAAUAGGGAAUUCUGAUCGCUUUGACAUGAUGUUCGGAACUCCAUACGCCAUCAUCGACCCUCAAGCAUUUGAUGGUUCGGGGGUGAAGACUUUGCACUUGAGCUUUAAUACUUCUAAUCAUACAUCUAAUGAGGCAAGUAAUUACGGGAGAAUCUUGCUGACACCAGAAUCAUUCGUUGGUUUGGAUCUCGACAGUCUUUCCUUGAAGGGUACAGAUCUGACUUUGAACCGAGAUGGUUUGACUCCUCUAAGAUCACUCAAUCAUCUCACUUUGAAAUCCUGCAAUAUCGUCGAAGUACCCACGAUUCUGUUGAUGUCCUUUCCAAAACUCCAAUCGCUCAUACUAUCUCACAAUAAUAUGACUGUCGUUCAUCACAACGGCUUUGAGAGCUUGCAACACUUGUGGUACCUUAAUUUGUCCUCAAACAACAUCACAACAUUCGAGUCCGGUUGCUUCAACGGACUUGAAGAAUUAGAAAGAUUGGAUCUCUCUGGGAAUUCUUUUAUUCUUCUGCCUGAUGCUUUUGAAGGAUUGCCCAAAUUACUGGAGCUCCACGUCCGGAACUGCCCUAAUCUCAAAGAAAUUGAUGACAAUGCUUUCCGAGCGACACCUACUCUAACAGCACUCACAAUAUCAGGUACUGGAGUUCGUUCUUUACAACCUGGAGUAUUUGAUGGUCUUCUUCGUUUGAAAUGGCUGCAAUUGAGUGACAAUCAGAUCAAUCGGAUACGAAAGAACCUGUUCAAUAAACUGGAGUCGCUGGAGUAUCUCUUCCUGGAUAAUAACAGGAUUAUGAGAAUGGAAUCGCAUGCUUUUUCGCGGCUCAAUCUUCGAUAUCUUGGGCUUUCUUACCAGAGUCCGAUGGAUUCUGACACGUUUCAUGUACAGAGACAAGUCAUUGAGAAUAGAACUUUUGAUGGUUUGACCGUCGACAUCAUCUCCAUGGUUGGUACAUUGAAUCCUAAUAUCACACCGGCGGCUUUUGACGGCCUGAUUGCUGGAUUAGUCGAUUUACAUUGUGCUAAUUUAGGUAAUAUUGAGACGGACAUAUUUAUUGGACUCAAUGUGAGGAAACUGGACUUGAGGCUAAACAGAAUCUCGAUCAUUGUCGCAGACGCUUUCAAAGAAGCUGUUGUUGAAGAACUGGAUCUUUCGUUCAAUUCCGUUAAAAUAACGGAUUAUCCCAGUUGGGGUCUAUCUGAAACAGCUCUUGUCACCAUUUAGAAGGACAGGUUGAAGUAAUAGAUAUUCUUUGGCCAUUUUUUUAUUCUCUGGGAUUAAAAAAAAUCAAUACAGAUUAUGUCAGUGUUUUGAUAAUUCAUUGAACGAAAUAACUUAUUUGGAAGGACUAAUACGAAUUGUUUUAAACAAAUAACAAAAUUUGAGAAUUGAUUCGUAUGUUUUCGUUUUGAUUUGGAAAUGAAGUCGUAUUUAUGUUAUUAAUAAAAUUUUGUUAAGAGAAAAGAAUUGUUUGUUUCAUUCCUUCCUUGUGAUAAGAAACAAAAAGUAUUCCUUUUUUCGGAUUUUGAAAAUAAUUUAUGCAUUCGAAUCAUUAUAUUUCUUUCUGAAUUAUUUGUUUAACUAUUGAUUUACCAGUUUAUAUCAGUAUUUAUAAAAAAAAUAACUGUUGAAUGGUGUUCUUAAUUCAUCUUUGAACAUUGAUAUUAAAUUAUCAAAAGAUUAGAUAUAAUACAAAGAAGGGGAGAGUCGGGCAAAAUGGGGCACUCAUGAAAAAGCGGUUUUAAUUCAUUUUUUUUUUGAAAAAUGUUUGAGACAAUCUAAAAAUGUCCCAGUGUUUUUCGCAAAUUACACUUUUUCUUUUAAUCACACUGUUGCCUUC